CGGAAACGUGGUCCCCGGGAAUCAUGGCCGGCUCCGGGCAAAGUUUGCAGCCGGUGGUGCUGAAGCAUCGGCGCACCGCCCUCGAACGAGUCGAAAAGUUCGUCUCGGACGUUUAUUUCACGGAUUGUAACCUGCGGGGCAGGCUGUUUGGGGAUACCUGCCCACUGGAAUCUCUCUCUUGUUUCGAGACCCCAGAACGGAUCCCAUACGAGGAAGCCAUCCAGCAAGAAUUCCUGCCUGUCAAAGUUGGAGACUGUUUUGGAAACACGUGGAAAACUUGUUGGUUUAAAAUCGAUCUCAGCAUCCCCAGAAAGUGGGCGGGAAAAGAAGUGCACCUUCACUGGGAGAGCGAAGGAGAGGGAAUGGUUUGGAAGGAUGCCCAACCUGUUCAGGGCUUGACCCGAGAAGGAGAGAAGACGCACUAUAUCCUGACUGACUGUCUAAAGGAGACAGAUCCUCACAGUCUGACCCUCUACGUGGAGGUUGCGUGCAAUGGCCUCUUCGGGGCUGGGAAAGGCAGUAUGAUCGCCCUGCCGGAUCCGGACAAGAAAUUCUCCUUGCAGAAAGCUGAGUUGGUGGUCUUCAACAGGGAUGUCCAUGAGCUUCUGGUAGACUUUGAGAUCCUCCUGGAUAUGGCCAAGCUCCUCGGGGAGGAAAACCAGCGGAGCUUCCAGGCGCUUUACGCAGCCAAUCGGAUGGUUAAUCUGUGUGAUGUCACCGAUCCCUCGACUUUCCCGACGGUUCGUGAAGUGGCCCGUUCCGUCUUCGGUCAGAAGAAUGGAGACAGCCAGCAUGUCAUUCACGCGAUGGGCCAUUGCCACAUCGAUUCUGCUUGGCUGUGGCCUUACGAGGAGACGAUCCGUAAAUGCGCCCGCAGCUGGGUGACAGUCAUACACCUGAUGGAGAAGAACCCAGAGUUCACCUUUGUCUGCUCCCAGGCCCAGCAGUUUGAAUGGGUGAAGAGCCGCUAUCCCGGUCUGUACGCAAAGAUCCAAGACUUUGCUAAAGGAGGACGCUUCAUCCCUGUCGGGGGCACGUGGGUGGAAAUGGACGGCAACCUUCCCAGCGGAGAGUCCAUGAUCCGACAGUUUCUACAGGGGCAGCGCUUCUUCCAGCAGGAGUUUGGGAAACUCUGCUCUGAGUUCUGGUUGCCGGACACUUUUGGCUACUCGGCCCAGCUGCCCCAGCUGAUGCGUGGAUGCGGGAUCCGACGGUUCCUGACUCAGAAGCUUAGCUGGAACCUGGUGAACACUUUCCCGCACAACACUUUCUUCUGGGAAGGCAUCGAUGGUUCUCGGGUUCUGGCCCACUUCCCGCCGGCGGAUUCCUACGGGCUGGCCGGUCGCGUGGAGGAGAUGCUAAAAACCCUGAAGAACAACAGAGACAAAGGGCGGGUGAACCACGGCGUUGCUCUGUUCGGCUUUGGAGACGGGGGAGGCGGCCCGACACAGGUGAUGCUGGAUCGCUUGAAGAGGAUGAAGGAUACAGAUGGCUUGCCCAGGGUCCAGAUGUCCACUCCAGAACAGUUUUUCUCUGCCCUGGAAAAGGCAGAGGCCCAGCUGUGCACCUGGGUUGGGGAACUCUUUCUAGAGCUACAUAACGGCACCUACACCACCCACGGACAGAUUAAAAAGGCGAAUCGGGAGUGCGAGCGUCUGCUCCACGACGUCGAGGUGCUGAGCAGCUUUGCUUUGUCGAGGAAACGCUCUGCCCGCUACCCGUCUGCUGAGCUACAGCGUCUCUGGAGGCUGUUGCUGCUGAAUCAAUUUCACGAUGUGUUGCCCGGCACUUCCAUCCAGCUAGUAGCAGAGGACGCCAUGAGAUAUUAUUCCGAAAUUCGAGAUGCCGGAGUUCCUCUUCUAACAAAAGCUAUGCAGUCUUUGUUUGGAGACGUGCCGGGGAAUCACCAACAGACGCCUGAAAGCACCCUUGUGGUCAACACGUUGCCAUGGGAACGAACAGAAGUCAUCUCCAAAACCGGACCGGGUGGAUCCGGGACUUUAGCUUUAGUGACAGUUCCCAGCUUGGGUUAUUGUGCCGUUCAGGAUUCGUUACCCGCUCCGCAUUCUGUGACAGUAACCAAAGAGGCGGACGGUUCUUUUACCAUGGAGAACAACAUCCUCCGAGUGUGUCUGGAUUCUCUGGGACGUAUGACCUCGCUUCAGUUAAUUCAUUCCAAGAGAGAGAUGGUCCCCGGAGGUUGCUUGGCAAACCAGUUUGUGAUCUUCGAUGACGUCCCGUUGUACUGGGACGCCUGGGACGUGAUGGAUUAUCACCUGGAGACCAGGAAGCCUAUCACACAACUCCUCAGCGCUGCAGAAAUCACCCUUCCUGGGGGACUCCGAGGCAGCGUGAAAUUCUCCCUCCGGAUCAGCGAGAAGAGCACCCUCAGCCAAGAGGUCGUCUUGGAUGCAGCGUGCCCGUUCGUCCGCUUCCGGACUCAGGUCGAUUGGAACGAAUCUCACAAAUUCCUCAAGGUGGAAUUUCCAGCCAAGGUCCGGAGUCCAAAUGCAACUUACGAGAUCCAGUUUGGCCACCUGCAGAGACCGACACAUUGGAACACGUCCUGGGACUGGGCCCGGUUUGAGGUGUGGAGCCACAAGUGGAUGGACCUCUCCGAGCACGGGUUCGGGGUGGCGUUGCUGAACGAUUGCAAAUACGGCUGCUCGGUCCGCGGCAACGUAAUGAGCCUCUCCUUGUUGAGAGCACCAAAGUCUCCUGACGCCACUGCCGAUAUGGGACACCACCAGUUUACGUACGCAGCGAUGCCUCAUCUGGGUUCCUUCCAAGAGGCCGGGGUGAUCCGGGAGGCUUACAACCUUAACUUCCCUCUUCACGUGGCGCCCUGCGGCUCAGAGCGAUGCCAGGCUUGGAGCGCAUUCUCCGUGGAAUCCCCAGCGGUCAUUCUGGAAACUGUCAAGCAGGCUGAAGACAGGUCGGACGCGCUUGUGAUCCGACUGUACGAGUCGCACGGCAGUACUGUCGAGACGUGGCUCCGGCUAUCGCUCGCUGUCCAAGAGGCCGUCCUCUGUGACCUCCUGGAACGGCCCCAGCCUCGGGGUUCUCUGCUGUUGGAGGAGCGCGGCGUGCGGCUUUCCUUCACGCCGUUCCAAGUGCAGUCGGUCCUGCUGGUCUUGAAAUGGCAGGACAGCCCCUGAGGCGGGGCAAACGUCCAUUCCUCUUCUCUGUGGGGCGGUGAAAGGGGUCUGGAUUUAAGGGACUAAAUGCAGAUUCAAAGAAACUGGUUUCAUAUAGGGUAAAGAGUUGGCGGCACGCCACAGAAACAGUUGAAGGACCAGAGCAGGGCAGGGCGGAAGUAUUUGCACGGCCGCUGGUUCUAUCCAGCUAUUUCUUCCAAAGCAAGUGAGCCAAAACUGCUGCUCCCUUGUGUAACGCACACCCCGGAAGCCAAUUGGCUUCGACUCGUGUUUGGCCAGCAGUAGCCAAUUUCACAGCAAGUGUGGCCGUGGCCACAGAAUAAAUACUCUCAAAUUGUGAUAUCUGAUUAUCUCAUCUGACCAGUGAUGGGAUCCAAAAAUUUUAGUAACAGGUUCCCAUGGUGGUGGGAUUCAAACUGUGGCGUAGCGCCAAUGGGGCUGG